UAUUUAUAAUUUAAUUCUGGUGUGUUAUGAUACUAUGUUCACAAUGCCAGUUUGGCUAUUUCCACUUCUAAUUAAUAGCUACAGCUCAGUUCUGACAAGUCAAAAUGUUAAUAGUUGAUGUGAACAAUUCAGGGUUUACUAGAGGAAUUUUCACCUGUCAAAAUGUCAUGGUAGAUAUUUUGAAUGUGGUAUAAACAAAACAAAUAUUCUAAUUAGGGCAGCAAAUCCUAAAUAGUAAAAUGACAUUUUGGCAUGCCUACAUGACAGUCCCACAAUGAAAACUAAACCACUUCUAGUAACAUUAUAUUGAGCUUUACUGUGAAUAAAACAUUCAGUUAAAUCCAAGCAUGAAGAAAAUAAUGAGAUGCCAGCUAUUUUCUGCACAAAUAGGAGUGAGGUUUUGUUGCAUCAAGACUAAAGCCUUCAUUUAAGACAAAUCCAUUUCUUGAUAGAAUCUAAAGUGACAGAGCUGACGGCAGGUUGAGGAAACAUGAAUACACCACUUACUCACAAUAUCUGGGGACCGAGGUGCACCAAACAUCAAAGACUGAGGAUAAAUAGCAGCUUUAACCACAUUUUUUGGCCCCUUGCCGUCUGUAUUGACUAAGCUUUUGCAGAAAGUCUCAUUACCAUGUUGCUCUUUUAGUCUCUUUGUGCCACAGCUGUGUUGCUUUGCCUGUGACACAUGAAGAAUGCACAUAAGUGGUGUAUCAGUGUCGGUCCAGGUGGUACACAGGACCACUAGCUUUGAGGCAGACAAUAUAAUACAAUUACUCAUACAGAUUUCACUCAGGCCACAUCAAAGCAGCUCCUGAAACGGCGAUAAAUUGAAUGUAAAUGUUUGAACAUGGAGCCAAAACCUAGAGAAACGCUUUUCAAAGAACGCCUUGACUUUAUCACGCCAGGGUUUAUUUGCUUUGCAUUUGAGUGAAAGAAACAGAGUUAGUGUGUUUGAAGUUUGCGAGAAAAUCACUGGGACUGAGAUAGUUUUGUGGAGGUUAGCAGGGGUACAUUGUCCUUAAAGAGUUCACAAAUCUGAGAUAAAUCUUUACUACUCAAACAAAAUGUGUGUUUAUGUGCAUGUGUGUAUGAUUUGCUAUGCACUGCUGAGUAUCUGGGAGGACACUGCGAUGUUUGUUGAUAUAAAGGACACUCGUAGGAGUCAUUUCUCAUGUUAAAGAGCCAUUUAUUUUGACAGAUCAGGAGCUAAACGGAUAAUAAUUUAUCAGUCACGCCGAUGCUUGUAAUGACGGGUGUUUAAACUGAAGUUCACACGCUCAAUUUGAACUCUAUUUAACGCUUGACACGAAUAGAGCUGCAAAGCGAGGUGGAGUUCAAGCUACAAGCUAUGAUUCAGAGAAACUAAACCCCUGUGCUAGUUUUCCUCCAGUGUGGGAGUAUAUAUGUGUGCGAGUGUCGUGUUCAGGCAUGUCCCAGCACCCUCCCUCCAUCUCUCCUCCCUCAUAAUGUGUAUGAUGAUCUGUCUUCUCUCCCUCCUUCUAAUCGGCCACUUCCCCUGGAGAGCUGAGAGGGAGAACUGCUGUUUACAUGCACGCCUGCACAACUAGACAGACAGACAGAAAGACAGAGAGACAGAGACAGACAGAGAGAGAGAGAGAGAGAGACAGACAGAGAGAGAGCGAGAGAGAGAGAGAGAGAGAGAGAGAGAGAGACCUCACUGGUGGUGAUUGUUGGAGAUCUGAAUGAGGGAAGUAUUCAGUUUGAUAAGGACCAGAGCUGCUGUCUUCUUUGCUCAGUAGGUCACAUCCUUUGAUGUGAACUCUCGAGGAGGGAUACUGGGAGGCCUGCCAGCAGAGUCAGAGUCAUACAGAAACUUCUGUAGGAUGCUGGUGACACAAGUUCAGGAAAUCUAAGACCCUCCCGCAGCCUACAGCCUCAUUGUGCGUUCAGUGAGCUUUUCCAGCUGGAAGAAAAACUGGAAGCCCUCUGCGGAUCUUUUCUCUUGUCUGACUGAGGAGAUCAGCACCGGCUUUCCUCUAACCUCUGAUUAACUCGGGAGUUCACUGAGCAGGACACUGAUGUUUAACAGAGCGCGGACAUGUGUUUAUCCUCUGCUUUUGCGUAACAGCGAGGUAUUGCUGCCCUGGAUGUGAGGAAAUCCCCUUAUAGAACACUGUAUGUGUGAUCUCCGAGGGAUCAGUUUGCAUCCCGCACGUCAGGGUUUAAUACUGGCCGGGGGUAAGCGGGGACAGCGCUGGUGAUGGAGACGUCUCAGCUCCAUAGUUCCCACCCCAAUCAGGUAUGACCCAGACCCUGAACCCCUCCUGGAGCUCUCUGGACAGGGGCACGGCUGACUGGUUCGGGGUGAGCAAGGACAGCGACAGCACCCAGCGAUGGAGGAGGAAGAGCCUGCAGCACUGCAGCCAUCUGUACGGGGGUCUGAAGCCGCAGGUGAUGAGGGAGAUGGAGCUACACAGCCAAGACAAUCUCUCCCUGGCCAGCACUGAGACCCCUCCUCCCCUCUACCUCCCACCCCUCCACCCCAAUCACCACCACUAUGGCAUGCAGAGGAUCGUAGACCCCCUGGCUCGGGGUCGUGCCUUCCGUAUGGUGGAAGAGGUAGAUGGCUUCAGUGUCCCGCAAACUCCCAUCACACCCGGCACCGCAUCGCUCUGCUCAUUUUCCAGCUCCCGCUCUGCCCUCAACCGGAUGCCGCGACGACGCAAGCGGGAGUCUGUCGCAGUCAUGAGUAUCAAGGCUGCAGCAGCACUGAUGAAGGGCCGGUCAUUAGGUGAAAGCACUGCUGGGAGACAUCGCAGACGGAGUUUCAUGCCUCCCAGCUUCUUUGAAGACGACACCGUUGAUUUCCCUGAUGAUCUAGAUACUUCUUUUUUCACCAGAGAUGGCCUGCAGGAUGAGUUGUCCAGUUAUGCAGAUGAAGUUUUUGAGACUCCGUCAGAGGCCGCCCUCAAACCGCUGGAUGAGAGCGAGCUCACUGGAAGUGCCCUGGAUAAGAAUGAACUGGAGAGGAGUCACCUCAUGCUGCCUUUAGAGCGAGGAUGGCGAAAGGCAAAAGAUGGCUCUCUGGUCCAGCCUAAAGUGCGUCUCAGACAGGAGGUGGUGAGUGUCAACAGCCAUCAGCAGCGAGGACAGAGAAUCGCGGUUCCUGUUAAGAAGCUCUUCGCCCGAGAGAAGAGACCAUACGGGCUGGGAAUGGUCGGUCGCCUCACAAACCGGACGUACCGCAAGCGCAUUGACAGCUAUGUCAAGAGGCAGAUUGAAGACAUGGAUGAUCACAGGCCUUUUUUUACCUACUGGAUCACAUGUGUCCAUUUACUUAUAACCAUUCUGGCUGUCACUAUCUACGGCAUUGCCCCUGUGGGCUUCUCUCAGCAUGAAACUGUUGACUCUGUGUUGAGGAACAAGGGAGUUUAUGAAAACGUUAAGUUUGUGCAACAACAAAACUUCUGGGUGGGUCCAAGCUCUGAAGCAUUGAUUCACCUAGGCGCCAAAUUUUCCCCGUGCAUGCGUCAAGACGAAGAAAUCCACAGACUAAUCCAAGAGAAGAAAACGAAAGAGAGGGAAUCGGGCUGCUGUGUGAGGAACGAUCGAUCCGGCUGCCUGCAGACUUUACAAGAGGAGUGUUCGACUACCCUGGCAGUGUGGGUGAAGUGGCCUCAGCAUCCCAGCGCGCCGCAUUUAAAUGGAAAACUACGGCAACAUGGUUCAGUCUGUCAUCAGGACCCCAGAAUUUGUCUGGAGCCAGCCUCAGUUUCACCUCAUGAGUGGCCUGACGACAUCACCCAGUGGCCAGUUUGUACACGGUACAACUCUGGGAAUCACACCAACCUUCCCCACAUAGACUGUACCAUCACCGGUCGGCCCUGCUGCAUCGGAACCAAAGGACGAUGUGAAAUCACUUCCAGAGAGUACUGUGACUUUAUGCAUGGCUACUUCCAUGAGGAGGCGACACUUUGCUCACAGGUGGCCUGUAUGGACGAUGUGUGUGGUUUGCUGCCUUUCCUCAACCCAGAGAUCCCAGAUCAGUUCUCCCGGCUGUGGCUGUCUCUGUUUCUUCAUGCUGGGAUCCUGCACUGCCUGGUGUCGGUGUUGUUCCAGAUGACUGUGCUGAGGGACCUAGAGAAGCUGGCUGGCUGGCUGAGAAUCUCCAUCAUCUACAUGUCAAGUGGCAUCACUGGCAACUUGGCCUCUGCCAUCUUCCUGCCCUACAGAGCAGAGGUGGGUCCUGCUGGCAGCCAGUUCGGUAUCCUGGCCUGUCUGUUUGUGGAGCUGUUUCAGAGCUGGCAGAUCCUCGAGCGACCGUGGCGGGCGUUUGCUAAGCUGCUGGCCAUCUCAGUCUUCUUCUUCUCCUUUGGUCUGCUUCCUUGGAUCGACAACUUUGCCCACAUCUGUGGUUUUGUGUCAGGAUUCUUCCUGUCCUUUGCCUUCUUGCCAUACAUCAGCUUCGGGCGCUCUGAUAUGUACCGAAAACGAGUCCAGAUCUGUGUGUUCUUGCUCAUUUUCCUGGGUCUACUCUCUGCCCUUGCUGUUCUCUUCUACGUCUACCCUGUAAAAUGCGACUGGUGCGAGUACCUCACCUGCAUCCCCAUCACAGACAAGUUCUGCGAGAAGUACGACCUAAACGCACACCUCCUCUGAACGUCAGUCUUUGGAAUGUAACUGGACUGUUUCUGCACUGAUGAAGUUAAAAAAAUUAGACUUUAAUGACCAGUUUUUCAGGAUUUUGAAUGGACCUCUGAAUUCUACAUGUAGCUUUUUUAGAAAGUACAAGAGAAACCCACUAUGAAGAAAGACAAUGCAUGAAAGCCUUUAGGUAUUUGACUUUUUAAAAAUUCACGUGCAUGAGAACAAAAUGAACGAUGUAAAGAAAAGGACUAACGGUUCGUGCGACUGAUUUCUAGCUGAUCAAUGACUGGUCACACUGGAGGACAGUUACAGACUCUUGAUUCCUUCCAAAUUACUUACCUCUUCUCUUGUAAACAGCACCCCUUAGUGGCCAAAAGGAAUUUUACAACCUGACACAGCUGCAUGGGUGGAGCGGAGGAUGUGUGUUUUAUACUUUUUUACAGAAGUUCAAACUGUCUUUUCCUUUUACUUGAUGUCCUUGGAGUUGAUACUUGCCAAGAAAUGAGGCCCUACAAUACUUAAAUGUGCCUUAUUAAAAUACAGACCCACACGCACGUCUUCUUAUGCCGCGUUUAUGUCAGCAACUUCUGACAUUAACGUCUGGGGAAACCAUAGACUGUAUAUAACACAUGGAUGCACUGUGACAUCACCCAUUGGUGUGGUGACUACAAUUUUGAAGCCUCGAAUUUGACUAUAUUUAACAUUGCUACGCAAAGAUCAAAAUCAACAUAGGAAACGAGCUUCACACCUGAUCUACAUGAUGACCUUUUUACCGUAGCUAACAUUGGGCCAGCUGCUGAAAUAGAUGCCCAUAGGUAGCGGUGCACCAACUCAAUCAGUCCAGGAAAUCUGUCACCAUUUACUUCCACCUCUAAAUGUCUUAGAUUUUGCAGAUCAUCCCUAAUACCCUUCAUGAUUGUAGUUUGAAUGUUGUUGGAAGCACAUAGUCCUGCUGCUACUACACUUUAGCACCAUUAGCACCUUCUCUCUACUGACAGCCUCACAGCUCCUGGCCUGUAUUAGCAUUUCAACAUCCUAAUUUAGCUUUAGCAUUAGCCUCAGGUAGCUCGCUGAUCCAAAAAGCUGCAUAGUUUAUCAAAACAACACCCACAGUUAGCAGUUAGACAGCAGUGAGAUCAGCAAACACACCUGUAACGCUAACCAGGUACUGCAGCUAAUUUGUCUUAUCAAUGACUAUAUUUUUAAUCAAUUAAAUUAUCAACUUCAAUUAACUGUUAAUCUUUAUAACAUUUCUACUGAGAAUUAUAACUUGUCAAUCACAAGGUCGCUACACCAUAAAGGACAGCCUGCUUUAUUUUCUAUUUACUUUAAAUGAGACCAUAAUUGACUAAAUAAACAUUGUUCUAUAUUCUAAAAGUCUUGAAACAUACAAUUCAGACCAUAAACCUACUAGGAAAACAUUUACUUAGGUAACAAAUCAAGUGAGAAGGGCUUUAUUUUUUCAUAGACUUCCAUAUAGUAGAACUUAUUUUGCAACCAGAGGGGUCGCCCCGUGUUGGCUGCCACAAAGAAUGCAGCUUUAAAGCACUUCUGCUUCACUUUACUUUUCUAACCAAGCCAUUACAUCCAUCCUUUAUAUACAGUCUAUGGCAGAAACUGCUUUUCACACUGAAAAAAAUCAUGUAAGAUAUGCUUUUACUUCAGUAUUUGGUGGCUGAAUUGCCAUUUAUUUGUUUACUACUCUGGAAACCUUUCUGCAACAGCCUUUAAUGCACUUCAGCCACAUUUGGAUUGUUUUUUUUAUAUUCACUCUGUGUUAAAUCUGUAAAUACAACACAUGUAGCUCCAUUGUGAAUAGCUGUUACGGAGGUGAAAUUGUGUAUGUGUGUGUUUUUUAUUAAAGACGGUGGCGUUUUAGCUACCUGACAAUAA